AUGGAAACCUUAAGGAGAUCAUGGAAAUUGCAAGAAUUUGUUGCCCACAAGGCAAACGUCAACUGCUUGGCUAUGGGACACAAAUCAAAUCAAGUCCUUGCUACUGGUGGAGAUGACAAAAAAGUUAAUCUUUGGGCUAUUGGUAGACAAGGGUGUUUAAUGAGCCUUAGUGGUCACACAACUCCAGUAGAGUGUGUUUGCUUUGGACACUCCGAGGACUUAGUUUGUGCUGGUUCUCAAACAGGUGCCUUAAAAAUAUGGGAUUUGGAGGCUGCAAAGUUAUUAAGAACAUUCACGGGACAUAAAGGUGCUAUUAAAUGUAUGGAUUUCCACCCCUAUGGGGAUUAUCUGACUACGGGAUCAUGUGACAGUAAUAUAAAACUAUGGGACACUAGGAAAAGAGGUUGCAUUGUUACAUAUUCAGGUCAUAGACUUGCAGUUAACAGUCUCCAAUUCAGCCCAGAUGGUCAAUGGAUAGCAUCAGCCUGUGAAGAUGGUUUAGUGAAAGUAUGGGAUGUGCGGAUUGGAAAGGUUUUACAAGAGUUCAUGGAGCAUACUUCAGCUGUAACCUGUGUCAAGUUCCACCCUCAUGAAUUCUUACUUGCCAGCUGUGGUGCUGACAAGACUGUAAACUUUUGGGAUAUGGAAAAAUUCCAACUAGUAUCUAAGUUUGAAAAAGAGAACACAUCAAUAAGGCACAUGGUGUUCAGUGAUGAUGGAGCUACGCUGUUAGGAUGUGGCAAUGAUGGGUUACAUGUUAUAGGAUUUGAACCUGCCAGGGUUUUAGACACAGUGAACGGUCACUGGGGUCAUAUACACGACAUAACAGUGGCACAGACACAACUUAUUGCGGGUUCAUUCCAUUCAACCUAUGUUGUUUUAUCUGUGGUUGAUCUCAACAAAGUCCAUCCCUUUGGAGGUCCGCCGCCAACUAUUGUUAGAGACACCUCACCAUUCCAGAAAGGGCAGUCUGUUCGGAAGAGUUUUUCUAAAGAGAAACCGCCUAAAGAAGUCUUGCAUAGACCAACACUCCUCGAUGAAAAGACGGCAGAGGAAUCAACUUCUGGGACCGAGGCAGAUGAAGAUUCAGGUGCUGUUAUAGCUAAUAUUAAUGACUACACUGAAAUAUUCCGUCCCUCUAGAGCCUUGCCACGUACACCACCUCCCGCCACUAGCUUAUCAUCAGAAGAUUUCUCAUUGACUGGUCUAGCAGGUGAAGAUAACAAUCUUGAAACAGGAGCAGCACUUCGGGAUCUAUCGUUGACACGACGGGACUACGGAACAGAAAACACUGUCUUUAGUAGUGUUUUGAAAAGCAAUAAGGAAGAAAAGGUUUUCGCCUCCGCCCAAACAUCUCUUGUAAAAGAAUUCGCAACGAGCCCACUAACAACUUCCUCAUUAAAUAGACAUAACUCAUACAAAGAAACAAAAUCAUCAACUGAAAUAACCUCAUCGAAUCUCCGUCAGAGUAAUAGCGAGAUAUCUUUGGGACCUCCGUCUCUUGGUCCACGUUCUUUAUCAUUCACGAGACCUCCUAGUCAAAUACCAAGAUCCCGUGUGGAGCCUCCUCCGCCCCGGUCUCCUGAAGACAGAGUCCCGGAGCCUGAGUUCGUGCCUUACUCCAUCGACCGACCAGUUGGACUUGACCUGGAUGAAUUCCUACCUCGUGGUGCGUGUGCGUCUGGCGUGGGUCGCGGCGCUCGAGGUCACACGGCCGAGCCUAGUGAACAAGAAGUGUUAGGAGUCAUGAUGAGGGGACACGACUCAAUGAUGACGGUGCUGGCAGCCAGACAAAGAGCUCUACAGAUAUUUCACUCCAAAGACGCGUCUGUGAUACUCGACAUUCUUAACGUGAUGGCUCAUAAACCGUCGUUAUGGAAUUUGGAUAUAUGUUUAUUAAUGUUACCCAAGAUUUACGAACUGCUGCAGAGCAAAUAUGAAUCAUAUAUGCAAUGUGGAUGCAACGCUUUGAGACUAAUAGUACGCAACUUCUCCUCGGUGGUGCGUGCUAACGUGAGCGCGCCAGUAAGGACUCUAGGCGUUGAUAUACCUAGGGAAGAAAGAUACGCCAAAUGUGCGCAAAUACACAGACUGUUGCUAGAUAUACGAGCAUUCCUUCUCAAAAGACAAACCCUACAAGGCCGGCUCGGAGCUGCCUUCAGAGAUCUCCACACAUUGAUGCAACAAGGACUUGACUGA